CUCGGCCUGGACGUGGGCGGCUCCAGUUCUGUCAUCGCCGUCGCGCGCAGAGGUGGCGUGGACGUCUUGGUGAACGAGGCGACAGAGCGGUCGACGCCUUCGCUCGUCGGCUUUGACGGGCGCAGGCGCCGGCUUGGCCUGAGUGCUUCUGCCACACGCUCGCGCAGCCCGGAGGACGUGAUCGCCCCGAAGCGCCUCGUCGGCCCCAAGUCGGCCGAGUCGCUACAACCUCGCCCCGCAGUCUCGCUGAAGACGUCUGGCGACGGCUCCGUCUCGGCUGAGGUCGAGUACUGCGGCCAGCGGCGCACAUUCACGGCGGUCCAGCUGUUUGCGAUGCUGCUCCGCCACCUGGCGGCCACGGCAGAGCGGGACCACGGCUCCGCGCUCCGCGAGGCGGUGAUCGCGGUGCCUCACCGCUACAGCGCAGAGCAGAGACAAGCCGUCCUCGAUGCGGCUCGGCUCGCAGGC